UCCCGACGGACAAAAUGACAAUGCUCUUUUCAAGAUGUUAAAAAUCCUGUUCGAAUCGGACUGCUCGGAGAGAUAAAUCCAAACGAUCCUGCCCUCAUGUUGGUUUGGUAGCUAGAGGGACAUUCUACAGAUUUUCCCAUUGUUGAUUGUUAUAAUUUUUUGUGCCGACUAUAAACGAGUCUUUUACAAAAUGUUCUAUCGGGGGAAGUGGAAAAGGAGUGAAACUGACAGAAAAAUUGGAUAAGUGGUUCUAGAAAUGAGCCUGGGUGGAUUUUACAUGGCCACAAACAUGGCAUAGACUUUUACACAACUUUCUAGUCCCCUUCACUCGCUCUUUUAUUUAUUUAAAUUCACAAAGCUAAGAGCGUAUUUCUCUUGAAGUUAAAAAUGAGCAAUAUUCAACUGGUGAAGGCUGGAAGAUAAUCCAUAGCAAAUACAAACCUGGUACAUUAUUACGAGGAGAUUUGGAAACAAUAUCAAACAUGGCUCAAGCAUUGUCAUGCACAUCAAUUACAAGGGAGUGCAAUGCAGCUCUUAAUAACUUAAGGUUUAUUGAUUACAAGAUCUUUGACCAUGAUCCAACAGUAGCAAAAGUUUUCAUUUCUCGAACCCCUUAUAAUGGGCCUUUAUUCAUGUCAUCAUGGGAACCAAAUACUCUCAUAUACAACAGCCAUUUAAUUAAACAAAAGUCAAGUGCAUUUAGUACUCCUAGAUCAAGAAAAACUAUCUGUGCUGCAUACAGUACUGGAAAAGGGAUACCCAGAAGUAGCAAUUACAAUCGAUUAGGAGAGUGUUUGGUCAUUCCACCUUCACCAAAUACAAAAAAGGCCCGUGGAAUCAUCAAGUUCUUGGGAGGCGCUUUCAUUGGAGCAGUGCCUGAAGUUACUUACAGCCUUUUAAUGGAUCUUUUGGCCAAGGAAGGAUUUCUUGUUAUUGCAGUUCCCUACAAUGUGACCUUUGAUCAUGCACAAGCUGCAAAAGAAAUAUAUAAUAAGUUUAACAGUUGCAUGGACAUUAUGCUGGCUUCAGGCCUCCCAUCGGCUAAUCUUACACCAAAUGAUAUUUUAGAAUUGCCAGUUUAUUGUGUUGGGCACAGCAAUGGUGCACUCCUCCAAUCUCUUGAAGGAUGUUAUUUUGAGGAAAAAUUGCAAAAGGCAAAUAUUUUGAUUGCAUUUAACAACAAACCUGCUGCAGAGGCUGUUCCUUAUUUUGAACAAGUUGGUCCGGCAGCUGCACAAUUGUCUCCUUUUGUUGAAGCUUCCCCAUUUUUUGAGAUGGCCAGAAAUACUUCAGGAGAUGCUUUAAGGACAAUGAUAGAAGCUGCAGGGCCAAUGCUUGAACAAUAUAACCCAGAAGCAAUAUUAUCACUAACUAGAUUUAGUGAGCAACUACCCUCAGUCAUGAAUCAGAUCACUCAAGGCACAUCGGAGUUUACACCGACACCUUCAGAGAAUCGGGAAACCAUCAGGAACUGUUAUAGAGUUUCAGGGACAUUGCUGGUUAAGUUCAACAUUGAUGCUAUUGAUGAAACAGACCAACUUGAAGAAAUUUUAAGACCUCGUGUUGAUGAGAUUGGUGGUACUUUAUCGAAAGUAGUAGUGAAUGGAACCCAUCUCACACCAUGUGGACAGGACUUAAACUGGCAAGUAGGUGACUUGUACACUCCAGCUGAUGCUGUUGCUCAGAGUUUUAAAGGUGCGGCUCUAAAUGACAUUAGAAAGUUGGUCAAGACAAUUUCUGCCUGGUGUGAGAGUCUGAACUAAAAAAGACAAGCAUAGAGCACAAUCAUAAUUGUGCAAGAUAACACCAUAGCUCAGUGCAGAUAAAGAGAUGCAUAUAUUGUCAUUUUUAUGUCGCACUAUUUAUGCAGUGUCAUUCCAGCAGAAUCCAUUUGCCUGCAAUACCCUGAUGUUAAUUUUCUAUGGAUUCUCGUUGUCGCUGGUUGCUUACAAUCAAUUAUUGUAAUUUCAACUAGUUAUAACUAAUGUUGAAACAAUUCUAACUGUAGCCCUGGAAGAGGCAAGGAGGGCAAAGAUUUCAGAAUCUAGUCUUUCAGAAUUAAUAUCAUAUUUGAAAUUAGUUUUCAAUAUAUAAUAUAUAAUAUAUAUAGAUACCUUCCAUGCA